GUUUUUUCUCGAUCUCGAUUUCAAAUGCCACCACACAUUUUCGACUUUGCUCCCCAUGAGCUUACCUCCUUGUUGGAGUCCCUCCUCUACAGCCCUACUUUCACCGGCUCGUAUUCUCAGGUCGAUAACUCGCCGGAAGGAGCAGCAGCGAAGCGACGCUUGUGCCAUCGCAUUCUGCUCAAUCACGCACUGGGCUCGCCAACACUCAUCAGUCUCGCCUUCCCAACCCUCCGCAGCUCCCAAUUUCUCGAUAAGUUCAGCGAUUUGUCUAUACAGAGAUGCAAGAGCAGCCUGUGGACAGAUCGCUUCGAGGUGCUGCGGGAGGUGUCGAAGAGCACUUUGAUUCAUCUUGACCUUUUGCACGAUGACAGAGUCAAGGCGGUGCUGGAACCAACGGACCUGCGCGAAGCGUCCGAGACCGAACGUGCGAAGGCGGACACAAGCAUCUUCAAGGUCGUCGUCACAUUGCAGUCGCCAACGCACGAGUUUGUGGAAUUCAAGCGGGAGGAAACCCUUGGCAGCGUGGGCCGCAACCGUUUGGUGCGUCAGUUCGGCUCGGAGCACUUUCUCGUCGUCCAGUUCGUAUCGCCUUUCCUCUCGCUCAGCGACAAGUUGAAUCGCGUCAAUGCGCUCAAGUUGAAUGAGGUUGAGCUUGCACUCGCUGUGCGUCAAUACAACCUCUUUGCAGAGGACGAGGACCGGGUGGCAUUGCCUCAGCACACCACACGCGAGGCGUUGCAGUCUGAGCGCCUGGGACGUUUCGAUGCCUACACCAAGCGUCUCAAACUGCAAUCUGGCAGCUUGCAUGUUGCGGGGCGCGACUAUCGCUUCCUCCUCACCACCACUGCUGGCGUACACAAACAAAAAAUGAUCUACACUGACUUGGAUCGUGGCAAGGUGCUGCAAUGGGCCUUCUCUGAACAGGCGUUCUGCGCGCUCAAGCCGACCGUCCUCAAGCUCUCUCUGCGCCUUGCUUUGCUCAACUCCAUCUCGAUCCCAACCGUCAUAUUUUCUGAUGAAGAGCGCAAGAUCGUCGACGACAUCGUCGUGGCUGGAGCGGGUGACAAGCCGAAACCAGAGCAUAUCCUGACGGAUGGUUGUGGCUGCAUCACGCAAGCCAAAGCGAAAGCCAUUUUCAAGACUUUCAAAGAACAGAACCGGCCGAUGCGCGGCAAGGUCAGCAGGAACGUGCAGUACGAAAGCGAUGGCUCGUACCAACACGAACUCCACGACGAUGCUCUUGAAUUGCCGGCAUCCCUCCUUGAGGAUAAUUCCUUUGUGCCGAGUGCUUACCAAAUUCGCUUCGGUGGUUUCAAAGGAAUGCUUGUUGUGGUAACGGAAACAGUUCAAGAACAGCUGUGCAAGGGCAUUUCUGCUGCAGCUCCUAUGCCUUCAAUGCUCCUUCCACGCUCGAUGCUCAAAUUUCAAACGCCUGACUUUCCGGAGCAUCGACGUCUCGAAGUUUUGGGUUGUGCCUUCCCCUCCUCGCCAGUGACACUGAACAAUGAGAUCGUGGACAUGCUCAUUGGAGUCGCCACCGAUUCUCUCGUCAUGCGUGGUUUUCUGAAGCGACUGGUGACAACCUUCCUGGACGACUGCAAUUUUUUGCUCGCAGAUCAACAAAAGGCGCUGGCGUACUACUUGCAGGAGAAGGACGAUAUUGGCGUUCGCAUGCUGGCUGCCGGGCAUUCUCUCAAGUUCACCUACCUGACAAGCUUCUUCCGCUCAAAGUUGAUCCCUCUUCACAUCCCGCUCCCCUCCACUGCUCGCCUUUAUGGCGUGGCCGAUUGGUCUUCCUUGCUGCCGCCUGGUCACGUGUACGUGAAUUCUGGCGAAACAGGGCUGGUGAGUGGUGACGUGGUGAUGCUGAAGGAGCCGUGUUUCCUACGGACGGAUAUCCAACGGUUCAAGGCCAUCGACCGCGAUCAUGUCGCAUUCAAGCAGCUCUGCCAUCUGCGCAAUGUUGUUGUGUUCUCUACUGCCUCAUCUUGCACCUCGUCUGACGCUAGCGCCAUGGCGGGCUCCGACCUCGACGGGGACAAGUUUAUUGUCUGCUGGGACCAGACCAUCUUGGACAAUGUCGAUUGCCAAACAGCUCAGAAGGUGCAACAGGCCUCUGGCAACACGCCCGAACCGAUGCCCCCUCAAACGGCGAUGCCGUCAAGUUCGGAACAAGAGGAUGCGGCUCAGAAGGCGCAACAGGCCUCUGGCAACACGCCCGAACCGAUGCCCCCUCAAACGGCGAUGCCGUCAAGUUCGGAACAAGAGAAUGCGGAUCCUUUUGUCGAUGCCUCGGAUGUGUGUGACAAAACGCUCGGCAAAUGCUUCGACACUGCAAUGCACUCGACAACACAUUGCUCCUUGGCUGAUCUCCUUCACCUGCGCAUGUGCUACAUUGAUUCAUUUGGUGACAAAUGGUGCAACAACCAGACCGCAGCCCACCUCGGUCAACUGUUAUCGCAGUGCGUGGAUGCACCGAAGAACGACACAUGGGUGCCAAUAACUGAGGCACGCUCGCUGCUUGAACAUCUGCCGCCGUACCCUCGUUACCAUCGUCGCGCGCGCAAGGUUAACUCACGCGUCAGCAAGUCCAUCCGAGGCACGCUCUUCGAUGUCAUCAUUGAACAUGUGGCGAAAAUGACAGAGCUGAAACAUGAAACGUGGCACGGCACGUUGCAAGACUCCGUGGACGUCAUUCAGGCAUUUCUUGCUGCGGAGCGUAUUGAUAGCGACGAUCCGAAUGACCAGCUGGAGAUGGUUGUGAAUCGAUUGGCAGCCGAGGUGCAUCAACGCAAUGCUUUGAUGGAGCAUGUGGCGCUCUACUCGCUGUGUUGGAAGUUCAUCAACCCGUUCUCGGCCCUACACCUGGUGAAACAAAUGGGUUUAUCCCAAGUUGUUUCCUCGAGCCUUUUGGAGGAACUCAAACAGCUACCGGACAGCGUGCAAAACAUGGACAGUGUUCAAGUGAUUGACAAGCGCCUCUGGACGCACAAAGUGCAAGGGGACAUCGCGAAAACGAUUCGCGAGUCGCCUUCCGGGCUGUUACUUUACUACUCAACAGAGGACAUGUUUUUGCCCGGUUUCAAGAAAUUGCGCUUGUGUCGCUCUUUCUGGCAGUUGGAACAGGACGUUAUCAUCACGCGCGUCGAGGAGAUACUCGCGCUGAAGCCUGAUGAUGGGAGUACUGCUGUCAAACGCUUCCUCCACGCUUUCCGAUCAUUGCACGUCUUUACGCCAGAGUAUCGCCUGCACAAGGCCGUCGGGCUCAUCAUGCGCCACGUUCUCGCUCCGCAGUCGAGUUGGAUUGGCUCCAAUAGUAACCAGCACUCACUUUGGAAGAUGCCGAAACAAUUCAACGGAAAGGAUCAAGUGGAUCGUUCCCAGAAGGCUGUUUUCACCCCGGACGUAUUUGCCUGUAUCCAGAUCGACACCCUCAACCGUCUGAUCGCGUUGUGUAGCAGGCGGCUCGAGAAAGAUGGGUGGCAACGAAAGCGAUCAAGAAACUCUAUUGCGCCGUCCGAUGAAUUGCUCGACGAAGUCAACCAGUGCAUCAAACACUUCAACAAGCACCCCCGCAACCUUGGCGACGCAGUCAAUUUGAGCACUCUUUCUCGCACCGUCAACGUCUCACCCGCCGCGGCCAUUCUCGCACUCAUUUCAAUCGGUCGGGGUGAACACUGGCUCUUCUACCCUGGCAAACCAAAAAUCGACCCGUCUCCAGUGCGUUUGUGGCAUGGAGCAGACAUGGGAAGAUUCUCGGAAAUAUGAAACUUUGCGUCCACCAAACUCUUUUGCAUCGACGCACAUCAGUAACUAUGAUUGUAUUGAGUAGCGCGCCACACUCGAUGGCUUUGUUCUUGUAUUGUCAAUGAUUGUUGGAAAAAUAUAAUUUUGCGUGAGAUGCAGCCAGAUAGACGCAGCUGAUACCGCCCGUCGUCAGAACACACUCC